UCAACUGGGAGGUUUGGAUGACGUUUGUCACUCACUGAUUUGUUUGGUUUAUAAGGCUGGGGGCAGUUUGUUUUGCAAAUAGUUUGUGUUUUCCGCCGCUGAGGAGACUGCAUAAUGGCUAAUCGCAGGGGACAACAGACAGAAGAUUUAUCGAAUGUCGAGUUCGAAACCAGUGAAGAUGUGGAAGUCAUACCGACUUUCAAUUCUAUGAAUUUGCGUGAAGAACUUUUACGCGGCAUUUAUGCGUAUGGAUUUGAAAAACCGUCCGCUAUUCAACAAAGAAGUAUCAUUCCCAUUGUAAAAGGUCGCGAUGUAAUCGCUCAAGCCCAAUCUGGUACCGGUAAAACCGCAACCUUUUCAAUUUCCAUCCUCCAAAGCUUGGACACAACACUCCGCGAAACUCAAGUCCUCUGCCUCUCGCCAACCCGUGAAUUGGCGGUCCAGAUUCAAAAAGUAAUCUUGGCUUUGGGGGACUUCAUGAAUGUUCAGUGUCACGUUUGUAUCGGUGGUACAAACCUCGGGGAAGAUAUCCGCAAGUUGGAUUACGGACAACACAUUGUCAGUGGAACGCCAGGACGAGUUUUCGACAUGAUUAAACGGAGAGUGCUGAGAACGCGAUCAAUCAAAAUGUUGGUUCUCGAUGAAGCCGAUGAAAUGUUGAAUAAGGGCUUCAAGGAGCAGAUUUACGAUGUGUAUCGUUACCUACCACCAGCUACUCAAGUUGUGUUGAUUUCGGCUACUCUACCACACGAAAUCCUAGAGAUGACUUCUAAGUUCAUGACCGAUCCCAUUCGAAUUCUUGUAAAACGUGAUGAAUUGACCCUUGAAGGCAUCAAACAAUUCUUCGUGGCUGUUGAACGGGAAGAAUGGAAAUUUGACACACUUUGCGACCUCUACGAUACCCUCACAAUCACACAAGCUGUAAUAUUCUGCAACACCAAACGAAAGGUUGAUUGGUUAACGGAGAAAAUGCGAGAAGCUAAUUUCACGGUAAGCUCAAUGCACGGUGACAUGCCUCAAAAGGAACGUGAUGAAAUCAUGAAAGAAUUCAGAUCGGGACAAAGUCGUGUUCUGAUCACCACAGACGUUUGGGCUCGUGGCAUUGACGUACAGCAGGUCUCCCUGGUCAUCAAUUACGAUUUGCCCAACAAUCGUGAGUUGUACAUUCAUCGUAUUGGUCGAUCGGGUCGGUUUGGACGCAAGGGCGUUGCAAUCAACUUUGUGAAAUCAGACGAUAUUCGUAUCCUGCGAGAUAUUGAACAAUACUACUCAACGCAGAUUGAUGAAAUGCCUAUGAAUGUGGCAGAUUUAAUUUAAGUAGAAAAGUUACGUCUAAUGAUGAUAAUUUGGUAAUUAUGAGAAUGUAAUGGAUGAGAGUUUGUUUGCAUUUAUUCCGCUAAUACAUAGAAAAUAUUAUGAAUAAAGAAUAAGAUAAAAUAAUAUA